AUUCUAAUUAUGUGGCCCUCGGGGUCAGUCGGUUCGAAAUGAGUCUGUAAUUGUGUACUACACAACGCCCGGGGGUUAGAAGGGGUACGUGUCCCAUCAGGUUAUUGGUUCUAUACACAGAGAUGGGCAAUACUCGAAAACUUUGAACUGGUACCCUGAGCCACAAAUGAUGGACGUCUGUUUAAGCAGGGUCGAGAAUGGCACAUCGCUAGCUGGUCCGCUGCCAUUUGUCCUGGCUUUGAUAGAUGAAGGUGAUGGAUCGUGUGUCUGAUGGGGCAGACUGGGCGUGGACUGUUAGUUCCAGCGGCUAAUUUAAACGCUUCGUCACAGAUUAACACUUCAGCCGCUUUUCAUUCAAAUCAUUUCUGACUUGUCGAUCGAGUCAGUUUGACCUUGACAUUCCAGCCACGGGGCGAGUGCGGUUUUUUCUUCUCAAGUCGCUGUGGAAUCGUGUUCUUUUUGUUUCCCCUAGCGGACGCGCGGCGCACUUACAAUGUCAAAUGAAAAACAGGGAUGAACGCCAUGUCUGAUCCUGCCGCGGAGGAGUAAAGAAAGCGCGGCGUCGUCGAGGAUUUCGGAGCGCAGAGAAGCCCGUCGCCCCCUCCCCUUCUCCCUCCCUCCCCACCGUGGGGCCUGGAGUGCGAGAUGGCGGAGAGCGCGGCCAUCGCCCAGGGCUCCCCGGCCGUGGGCGCUGCUGGCUCGGCUCCGGCGGCUCCAGGGGUCGCGGGAGCCGAGGGUUCCGGAGCGGCGGUCGGUUCCGCGCGGAUCGCGGUGAAGAAGGCGCAGCUCCGCUCCUCUCCGCGCCUGAAGAAACUGGAGAAACUCGGAUUGUACUCGUCGUGCAAGGCAGAGGGAGCAUGCAAGUGUAAUGGCUGGAAGAGCCAAAAUCCUCCUCCAACUCCACCUCCUCCAACCCCUCCCAGGGCAGAGCAGCCAAUCGCUGUUAAUCUGCUUGAGCCUUGUAGGAGUUGCAGUCACCCGUUAGGAGAUCAUGUAACUCACUUGGAGAACGUAUCAGAAGAGGUGAUGAACAGGUUACUGGGUAUUGCACUGGAUGUGGAAUACCUCUACACCUGUGUCCACAAAGAAGAGGAUGCAGACACUAAGCAAGUCUACUUCUCCCUAUUUAAGUUGCUGAGGAAGUGCAUCCUGCAAAUGGGGAGGCCUGUGGUGGAGGCUUUGGAGAGCCCACCAUUUGAGAAACCCAGCAUUGAGCAGGGAGUGAAUAACUUUGUACAGUACAAGUUCAGUCAUCUCCCUUCUAAAGAGCGGCAGACCAUCGUUGAGCUGGCCAAGAUGUUCCUCAACCAGAUCAACUAUUGGCAACUGGAAACACCAUCACAGAGAAGGCAGCGAGUGCCUACUGAUGAUGUGGCUGGGUACAAAAUCAACUACACCAGGUGGCUGUGCUACUGUAAUGUCCCACAGUUCUGCGACAGUCUCCCACGGUACGAGGCCACGCAGAUAUUUGGCCGCACUCUCCUGCGCUCUGUCUUCACCGUCAUGAGGAAACAGCUGCUGGAGCAGGCCAGACAGGAGAAAGACAAACUGCCUCCUGAGAAGCGAACACUCAUCCUCACUCAUUUCCCUAAGUUCUUAUCCAUGCUGGAGGAGGAGGUGUACAGUCCCAAUUCUCCUAUCUGGAGCGAAGACUUCAUGGUUGGCUCGUCAGGUGGACAGAUCCCUCGAGUUAUCAGUGCACCUCAAGUGGCUAGGCCACUGUAUUACACCAACAGUUCCUCUCCUGUGGAGUUGUCAGGGGGAGGCAGUGUGAGCCCAGCACGCAAAACAGCAUCUGCUCUGGAACCCAGCCUAAGUGGAGAGAAGCGAAAGUCCUCUGAGCCUUUGUCUCAUGAAGACACUAAGAAAGCACGGGUCAUUGGUGACAUUCCAAUGGAGCUGAUAAAUGAAGUCAUGUCCACAAUUACAGACCCUACUGCCAUGCUGGGACCAGAGACCAGUCUCCUCUCAGCCCACUCAGCACGAGACGAAGCUGCACGGUUAGAAGAGAGACGAGGUGUGAUUGAAUUCCACGUCAUCGGCAACUCCCUCAACCAGAAGCCCAACAAGAAGAUCCUGAUGUGGCUGGUGGGCCUUCAGAAUGUCUUCUCCCAUCAGCUGCCCCGCAUGCCCAAAGAAUACAUCACACGCCUCGUCUUUGACCCGAAGCACAAAACGCUGUCUCUAAUCAAAGAUGGCCGUGUGAUUGGAGGUAUCUGCUUCCGGAUGUUUCCGUCUCAGGGCUUCACUGAGAUCGUUUUUUGUGCUGUAACCUCCAACGAACAGGUGAAGGGUUAUGGAACUCACCUGAUGAACCACCUAAAAGAGUAUCACAUCAAACAUGAGAUCCUCAACUUCCUCACAUAUGCUGAUGAAUAUGCUAUUGGGUACUUCAAGAAGCAGGGUUUCUCUAAAGACAUUAAGGUACCUAAGGCCAAAUAUGUAGGCUACAUUAAAGACUAUGAGGGAGCCACACUCAUGGGCUGUGAACUGAACCCCAGCAUCCCCUAUACAGAGUUUUCAGUCAUCAUUAAGCAACAGAAAGAGAUCAUUAAGAAGCUGAUCGAGAGGAAGCAAGCACAGAUACGCAAGGUGUAUCCUGGCCUCUCCUGUUUUAAGGAGGGUGUUCGCCAGAUUCCAAUCGAGAGCAUUCCAGGCAUACGUGAGACAGGCUGGAAACCUAUGGGGAAAGGCAAAGAGAUGAAAGAUCCAGAUCAGCUAUAUAGCACUUUAAAGACCAUUUUGCAACAAGUGAAGUCACACCAGAACGCAUGGCCUUUCAUGGAGCCCGUAAAGAAGAAUGAAGCACCUGGUUAUUACCAAGUCAUUCGCUUUCCUAUGGACCUGAAGACCAUGAGCGAGCGUCUGAAGAGUCGAUACUACACCACUAGGAAGCUGUUCAUGGCAGACAUGCAGCGGAUCUUCACUAACUGUCGGGAGUACAAUCCUCCUGAGAGUGAGUACUACAAGUGCGCCAACUUGCUGGAGAAGUUCUUCUACACUAAGAUUAAAGAGGCAGGUCUCAUCGACAAGUAGACAUCAGCACAGUCCUCUCCAGCUUUCUCCCUCUUUCUUCCCCAUCAUACGCCGCUUGUCAGACUUUGCUGGCGCGAGCCAGGCGAUGCUCAGACCAGCAUGAAGGGAUAUACUGUUCAGAGCCUGGUUCCUCCAAAGAGCUGUAGCACAAAUGUCAUUGUAUGUCAGUAGAGCUUUGAAAGCUCUCUCUGAUUGUGUUGAUGACUUUUAACACUACAAUGCUUUUGGGAUAACUGGGGUAAGAGUGUGGGUCAGUGCUAUAUGUACAUCUUAGUGUGUACGGAGUCUUUUAUCUCCCUCAUGUUUAAGCGUUACUCCUGCCAAAACAUUUCACGUGUGUGAUUUAACUGAGAAUCUGUGUAUGUACAAAAACUUUCAAAAAUAGCUGUACAUUUUUAUAUUUUAUGGCUGGUAAAGAGUCCCAUAGACAUACCUUCUCUAUACUUCAUUCAAGCAAAUUUACUCCAAAAAAAAAAAACACAUACUUGUACUGUGUGUUGUAUGUUCAAUCUGCACUUAUUUAUUAUUUAAAAAACAAUAAAUUGUGAUAAAUAUUUGUAAGAUGAAAGUUUAUGUUAAGAAGUGGCUUGCUUAUGGUUCAAAAUGAAGUGGCUGGUGUGCUACAUGGUGCAGGCUGUUUAAUGCAAUGAUCUAAAAAAAAAUAAUAAAGUCUUACUUGCAUUUUGUCUUAAUGGCAAGCCAGUCAAUAAAAAUACUCCAUUGUAUUUAAAGAUAAGGAAGAGGAAAACAAGAGAUGUGCAAUAACUCGUAGAUUUGUUGUUUAGUAAAAUGUUUGUACUUUUAAAUAUUUACAAAAAAAUGGACUUUGUACUAUGUUGUGGGGAGGGGGUAUUUUAAGGCCUUUUUAUCUUUGCUUUUGAAGACAGCUUAUUUUAUAGAAUUAUUAAAAACUUUAGACCAACCAA